AUGAGUAUGCUAAACGAUGAACAACGGUCUGUUUUUGAAGAAAUACUGAAAGCCGUUGACAGUGACACAGGUGGUGUAUUCUUUGUCUAUGGAUAUGGUGGAACCGGUAAAACCUUCUUAUGGAAGACAUUGUCGGCAGCAAUUAGAUCUAAAGGUCAAAUUGUAUUAAAUGUCGCAUCAAGUGGAAUUGCAUCGUUGCUACUGACUGGUGGCAGGACUGCACACUCCCGGUUUCAUAUUCCUUUAAAUCUUACUGAGGAUUCAGUUUGUCAUAUAAAACCAGACAGUGACACAGCUAGAUUACUACAUGAAACCAAGUUAGUUAUAUGGGAUGAAGCCCCAAUGGUUCAUAAACACGCCUUCGAAGCUUUGGAUAGAACGAUGAAUGACAUAUUCAAUAUGGACACUUCCAUAGGUUCUGAAAUAUCAUUUGGAGGUAAGGUUGUUGUUUUUGGUGGUGAUUUUAGACAAAUUCUUCCUGUUGUCCCCAAUGGUGGAAGACAAGAGAUAGUGAAUGCCUCGCUAUGUUCGUCAUAUUUGUGGAGUAAAUGCAAGUUGCUAAGGCUAACAAAAAACUUGAGAUUAACCAUUGGACGCUCUACAUCGGAUAUUGAAGAAAUCAAUAAUUUUGCCAAGUGGCUUUUGGAUUUGGGUGAGGGAAAUGUUGGUUGUCCUAAUGACGGGGAAGCAACAAUUGAAAUACCACCGGAUCUUCUAAUUAAGGACACCUCUGAUCCCAUUUCAUCUUUAAUUGAUUUCGUUUAUCCUUCAAUUUUAGAUAACUACAACAACCAUAACUACUUUAGCGAGAGGGUUAUACUUGCGCCUAAGAACGAGGUUGUGGAUGAGAUAAAUGACAGGUUGUUAGAGUUAUUCCCAGGCGAAGAAAGAGAGUAUCUAAGCUCCGAUAGUUUGCCUAAUCAUAGGUUAGUACUCAAAGUUGGUGUGCCAGUAAUGCUAUUACGUAACAUUGACCAACAAAAUGGUUUAUGCAACGGUACGAGGUUACAGAUAAAAAGAUUAUACAACCGUGUCAUAGAAACAGAAAUCAUAUCUGGAGGAAAUAUCGGCACUCGCACCUACAUACCGAGACUUAAUUUGAUACCUUCAGACAAAAAGAUUCCUUUUGCGUUUCAAAGGAGGCAAUUUCCGAUAGCUGUGUGUUUUGCGAUGACUAUCAACAAAAGUCAAGGGCAAUCGUUAUCAAGGGUUGGUCUGUACUUGAGACAACCUGUUUUUACGCAUGGUCAGUUGUAUGUGGCUUUAUCAAGGGUAAAAACCAGAGACGGGGUCAAAUUGUUUAUAUUAGACAAGGACGGCAAACCUACCGAUAAAACAUCAAAUGUCGUUUAUAAGGAAGUGUUAACAAAUUGUGAACUUUGUCUUCUUUGUUUGUUUUCAAUUACGUGUAAUGUUGAUAAAGAUGUUCGUAGUUCAACGUUUAUUUAA